ACACGGCAGAUCUCCCUCGCCUCCUCUCCACACACACACCGCGCGCGCGUGCCUGCGCUUCCAUGGCCGGCGCCUCCUCGUCUCUUCUUCGCAGCUUCACACCCCUGUGCUUUCCCUAGACCUCCUGGUUUCACGUGUACCGUGCGUUACGAGUAGGUCUGCACGUAGAGGUGCGUGUGUUUAUUGGAGGGGGUGAUGGUGGGGAGGAGGGGGAGCAAGAACCCGAUGCGGCGGACGACGAGCAUGACGGAGUUCGCGCCGCCGGACGCGCUGGCGGCGGUGGUGGAGGACGAGGAGGCAGAACUAGGGCAGCUGCCCAACGGCGGCGGCCAGGACUGGCUGUCCGCGUUCGGAGGCGGCGGCGUCGGAGGCGCCGAGGCGCAGGCGGACUGGCUGGCGGCGUACCGCGCGCGCGCGGCGCCUGCACGAGCGGGGCUCCGGCGGAACUCGGCCGACUGCUCGGCCUCCGAGGCCGCCGCCUUCCUCCGCGCCUGCGGGCUCUGCCGGCGCCGCCUCGGCCCCGGCCGCGACACCUUCAUGUACAAGGGCGAGGCGGCGUUCUGCAGCCUGGAGUGCAGGGAGCGGCACAUGACGCAGGAGGAGUGGAAGGACAAGUGCGCGGUGACGUCGAUCAAGGACGCCGCUGCGGCGCCGGCCACCGGCCGCCGCGGCUCCAGCAAGCCCGGCGCCGCCGGCGGCACGGUGGCCGCGGCAUGACGAGGAGCAUGGAGACGUGCACGCACCCACGCAGGCUACCUAGCUUGCUAGUGUACCUCAAGGAGUCAGCUGCAAGCUCGACCACUCAUCAGCAACCAUAUAUACUAGUAGUUACCAGCUUAAUCCAUUAGUUAUCUGCAUCGAUCGCUGCAUGAGCUGCAGAUACCAUUAUUAGCUCGAUUUGAUGGAUCGAUCGUCGAUCGAUCGAUCCGUGUAAUAUGUUAGCAUAUCUGAAUUCGUCUUGCUCGGUCGCUUGCUAUCGAUGCUGGUACUACUGUACCGAGCAGCAGCAUCUACGUGAAAGGAAAAAAAAGGACAACCGAGAGAGGGAAGAGAAGUGGAUGCAGAUGCAGAUGCAGAUGCAGAUGCGUUGCACGGCAGAGUUGAUGUUUGUUGGGAUCGAUCUUGUCACGAAAAUUAAAUUCAACGAUGUUAUUAUGACGACAAGCUAGGCAGUGCGAGAUGAGCUUAAUCACAAAGAUUAUUAUGACUACUCACUGUAUCUCUUGUGAUCCUUGUGAAUUCCUUACCUUUUGUAGCAAGGUUCUUGUGUAUCCGGCAAGAAUUAGAGUCGUGCAAUGUUCCUUAUUACU